GACUGAUCCAAAGAAAGAUCUUUUUUCGAAUCACCACGAGAGCGUACCUACUCUAUAAACAAUCUUAUUUGGAGUUCUUGUUCUUCUUGAGAUCAAUAUUUAUUACAACCAAGAUACCCAGCACUUCACGUUGAUGAAACACAACAAACAUGGGUUCUACUUUUGUACCAAAAAUGUUCUUUUCGUCCAUGCUUUUCACAGAGCACGACCACGAAGCCGGCAGCACAGGAGAAAGACGAGGACCCAGCAGCGAGGUGGGACUACGGCAAGGCCUCGUCGCGCGGAGUGGUCCUAGUCUAGGUGUACAACUCCCUUCACGAUGAUUUUAUAGUUUACUCGUUCAUCAUCUUCAUCUUGCUUGGUAGCUGCUGGUCGUGGGCCAGCUAAGUUCUUGAUGGAACGAUUUUUUCGCUGCCUGCGGUCGACUUGCUCCGACUUGAGGUUUUUCAUCGGGUAAGAGCUCUUCUCCG